AUGGAUAAACUACUAUCAUCUCUAAUUAACUUUAAAGUAAAUGAAAAGUUAAAAAACAGUAGUAAUAUUAGUGAUAGAUUAUUAUAUAUAGUUUGGAAUAAUAUAUUUUUAAGAAAUGAAAUUCAUAAACAUAUUUUAAAGUUUAUUGAACAUAAUGUUGUAGAAUUAAAUAAAUCAAGUUAUGACCAGUUUAAAGAUAAAUCAUAUAUAACAUCACUUGAGUGGCAUGGUGAUACACUACCAGAUAAAAAUGAAUUUCCACCAUUUUUGAAAAAUUUAUAUUUGUCCACUUUUAAUAAAAUGUUAACUCCAACAACUUUACCAAAUACAAUUACUACACUCACAUUUGGUGAUGAUUUUAACCAAGUAGUUAAACCCUACACAUUACCAAAUAGUCUUACAACACUCUCAUUCGGCGGUGAUUUUAACCAAGUAGUUCAACCCGGCACUUUACCAAAUAAUCUCACAACACUCAAAUUCGGUCAUUGUUUUAACCAAGUAGUUCAACCCGGCACAUUACCAAAUAAUCUCACAACACUCAAAUUCGGUCAUUGUUUUAACCAAGUAGUUCAACCCGGCACAUUACCAAAUAAUCUCACAACUUUCACAUUCGGUCGUGAUUUUAACCAAGUAGUUCCACCCGGCACAUUACCAAAUAGUCUCACAACACUCACAUUCGGUACUCGUUUUAACCAAGUAAUUCUUCCCGGCACAUUACCAAAUAGACUCACAACACUCACAUUCGGUUAUGAUUCUAACCAAGUAAUUCUACCCGGCACAUUACCAAAUAGUCUCACAACACUCACAUUCAGUCAUUGUUUUAACCAAGUAGUUCAACCCGACACUUUACCAAAUAAUCUCACAACACUCACAUUCGGUGGUUAUUUUAACCAAGUAGUUCUACCCGGCACAUUACCAAAUAGUCUCACAACACUCACAUUCGGUCGUGAUUUUGACCAAGUAAUUCUUCCCGGCACAUUACCAAAUAGUCUCACAACACUCACAUUCGGUUAUUAUUUUAACCAAGUAGUUCUACGUGGUCUACGUGGUACAUUACCAAAUAGUCUCACAACACUCACAUUCGGUUGUAGUUUUAACCAAGUAAUUCUUCCCAGAACAUUACCAAAUAAUCUCACAACACUCAAAUUCGGUCAUUGUUUUAACCAAGUAGUCAAACCCUGCACAUUACCAAAUAGUCUUACAACACUCACAUUCGGUGAUAGUUUUAACCAAGUAGUCAAACCCUGCACAUUACCAAAUAGACUCACAACACUCACAUUCGGUCAUGAUUUUAACCGAGUAGUUCCACUCGGCUCAUUACCAAAUAGUCUUACAACACUCACAUUUGGUGAGUAUUUUAACCGAGUAGUUCUACCUUGGACAUUACCCAAUAAUCUCAAAACUCUCACAUUCGGUCGUGAUUUUAACCAAGUAGUUCUACUUAGGACAUUACCAAAUAGACUCACAACACUCACAUUCGGUCAUGAUUUUAACCAAGUAGUCAAACCCUGCACAUUACCAAAUAGACUCACAACACUCACAUUCGGUCAUGAUUUUAACCAAGUAGUUCUUCCCGGCACAUUACCAAAUAGUCUUACAACACUCACAUUCGGUUAUUAUUUUAACCAAGUAGUUCUACCCGGCACAUUACCAAAUAGUCUCACAACACUCACAUUCGGUGGUGAUUUUAACCAAGUAGUUCCACCCGGCACAUUACCAAAUAGUCUAACAACACUCACAUUCGGUAAUCAUUUUAACCAAGUAGUUCAACCCUGCACAUUACCAAAUAGUCUUACAACACUCACAUUCGGUGAGUAUUUUAACCAAGUAGUUCUACCCGGCUCAUUACCAAAUAGUCUAACAACACUCACAUUCGGUCGUGAUUUUAACCAAGUAGUUCUACCCGGCACAUUACCAAAUAGUCUAACAACACUCAAAUUCGGUUAUGAUUUUAACCAAGUAGUUAUACCUGGCACAUUACCAAAUAGUCUUACAACACUCACAUUCGGUGUAGGGAAUAAAAUUAGUCUAAGUUUGACAAAAAAAAAAAAAAAGUCUAAGUUUCCCCCACCUAAAGCUCCGAACCGGACUAGGAUGUUUAUUAGAGAAUAA